AUGUCUGAGACAUUUUCCAUUAAUGAGGCCGCAUCAUGUGCAGCCAUCACUACCGUUGCAAGCGCCGCAAGGGAUCUUCGAGUUACAGGUACCUCUGAAGUAGCUGUCCCUGGACCUGCGAUCCGCCAAAAACUGCCACCACAUCGCCAACGUGGGACUAUUCUACGGUCCGUUCAAUUAAGCUCCAUCAUAUCGAUCCAAAUCUUUGAUCGCAAAAGAUUUUCCCUCACAGAUGAUCAAGGGUUUAUGGGGGUAGUUAACGUCUCGAUAAAUGACAUUCUUAAGGACAUUUUUCUGCGCCCCUCGUGCUCAAGAUCGUUCGAUAUUGCACUUCGACCUUCAACAAACACUAGAAAACGCAUAAGGGGGCAUCUUUCCAUACUGAUUUCCUCCGAUCUAACCGGGAAUGGUGGGCAUUCACCGAUAAUAUAUUUGUCCGAGCCUUCUUCACCAAGCAGGAUGUUUGUGCAGGAUAUCGGGGGCGGGCCGGUUACUUUGACUCCAAGAUCGUCAGAUCCCAACAUCCGGCUUCCUCCAGGAUGGGAAUCUCGAAGAAAUCAUUUGGGAAAAGUUUACUAUGUUGAUCACAAUACCAGGACAACUUCGUGGACCCCUCCUUCAUCAUCGUCUCUUUUAGCAAAAAGCACAUCCACCACUUUGGCUGACAUCAGACCGCCUUUGAAGCCUACUCGAGCACCGACAAAGGCUCUUGAACAAGAAUUCCAUAACUUGCAACUACGAGGCCAAGAGUUUCUCGCUCAUGGCGAAGACGGCAAUUAUGGGGACGUCUGCGAUGGCCAGCCAAUGCAGUUGAUCCCGCCAUCGCAGUCCACACCUCUUCCCAUGGGCUGGGGUAAAAUGUUGUCCGGAGCGUUGUCCUGCAUUGCUCAAGGAGAUCCACAUUCCGAGGUGCGAGUGGCCAUUUCUCAACUCGGUCAGCUCCCACCGAACUGGGAGAUGAGGGUCGAUGAUCACGGUCGGUCUUAUUUUAUAAACCACCAAACAAAGGUCACCACAUGGGAUGAUCCAAGGCUGUCUCCUUUAAAUGAGGCAAAGACUUAUGAACUCAGUUUGAGCGGAUAUUUCAAGGUUCCCAUUAGAAGAGACAAUCUUUUGGAAGAUUCCUUCAACGUCAUCUCCAAUCUUACGCUUUCGUCAUUGAAAAAAAAACCGCAGAUCAUUUUUGAGGGCGAAGAGGGGCUCGAUUAUGGCGGAAUAUCGAGAGAAUUCUUUUUCCUCCUGGCAAAAGAGAUCUUCAACCCCUAUUAUUCUCUAUUUGAAUACUCCUCUCAAGACAACUACACGCUUCAAAUAAGCCCGGGAUCUUAUAUCAAUCCCGAACACAUGGCCUAUUUCUACUUUGUCGGCCGAAUUUUGGGCUUGGCCGCAUUUCAUGGGUUCCUCAUCGAUGCUUAUUUUGUGCCUGCAUUUUACAAGCGGUUAUUGGAUAGGGCUGCGUGUACCAUGCUUUCGGACCUCGAGGCCAUAGAUUCGGAACUGUAUUCAAGUCUCAUUUGGAUGCUCAACAAUCCUAUUCACGACCAGAUUUUCGAGACAAUGAGUGUAGAGGAGGUACGCUUUGGGGGCGGCGAUCCCAUCAUAGUCGACCUGAUUCCAAACGGCUCAUCCAUAUCUGUGACCGACGACAACAAAAGACUGUACAUCGAAAAGCUUGUGGAAUGGAAAACUUACAAACGGAUUUCAGAGCAAAUGCACCAAAUUAACCGAGGAUUUUAUGAGAUUGUUCCCCGCGAGUUGAUCUCCAUAUUUGAUGCGCGCGAAUUGGAAGUUGUACAUAGUUAUCCUGCUGAAAAAAAAAUCCGUUUGCUGCAGUUUGUCACGGGAUCCUCAAAACUCCCGCUCAACGGAUUCAGGGAUCUUCAAGGCUCAGAUGGGCCCAGGAAAUUCACCAUCGAAAAGACUCUCUCCCCGCCAUCACACUUGCCUGUCUCGCACACCUGCUUUAAUAGAUUGGACCUUCCAUCGUACAAUUCGAUGGAAAUGCUCAAGAAAAGGCUGGAUAAAUCUCUCGAAAAUAUUCUCGGCUUCGGGAUCGAGUAA